UGUAAGUGUAAUCUUACCUAGGUAUUUUAACUUAUAAAUUUAACAUUAAAAUUAAUUUUUUUAGUAGUUUACAGUGUGUAUCUAGCAAUUUUUAUUUCUUUCUGAGUAAACCAUUACACCAACAUGGGAGAAAAAAAGAAAGACAAAAGCCAGGUAACUGAUGGUUCGGAAAAUGAAUUGGGAAAAACAAGUGCAAGUAAAGAGAAAAAGAAAAAAGGAAAGAAAAAAGGAAAAGCCCAAAAAGGACCUCCUGCGAGAAUGGCACAUUUGCUCUCUAAAGCUGAAUUUGAAUCUUCAAUAACCGUCGUUAGGGAUCGAUCCCUUAAAUCAAGGUCAGAUUCUAAAGCCCUAGGAAUGUUUGCCUCAAAAUCUGCAGAUCUUGGAGCUGUGGGAUCAAAAGCAGUCGCAAUUGGUAUUCCUAGUGCAAGAUCUAUUGAAAUAAAAGCGCCUAGCUCAAGAAUCGCUGCAAAAACUGUCAGUUCCAGAAUGGUGAAAUCAAAAAGUAGUGUCCACAGAUCAAGAUCAAAAAGAUUACAUCCAAGCUCUUCUUACAGACUACUCCAGGAUGAUGACGAGUCUUAUUCAACAGCCUCCUCGGAAUCAGAGGAAGAAAAAUCUGUGGUUAAAACACGAUCAAGAAAGAGAAAACAGAGAGUUGUUAAGGUGACUGCUCCAGAAGGAGAGGAUAUUUUAGAGUCAGAGCAGGAUACAACAGUAGACAAGGCACCAAAAACUAAAAAGGGUAAAAGGGGAAAAAAAGGCAAGCCCAAAGAGCCCAAAGAAGAGAAAAUUGUAAGUAAGAAAGUAUCUGAAGAUGAGGGGGAAGAUAUUUUAGCUCAAAUAUUAAAACUAAAAUCCGGAGAAACAGUAGCACCAGUACCUGAGAGUAUAGCAGAAACUGAAGAAACCGAUAAAUCGAAACUAAAAAAGAAAAGUGCUAAAAAGAAAAAAGACAAAAAGAUGACCCCUCAAAUGGCAGAGCAGUUAAGAAUGGAAGCAGAGCAAGAAGCCAUUAGACAAGCCGAAUUGGAAAAAGUUAGAUUAGCAGAAGAACGAUUGAUCGCAAUAGAGAAAGAGAAGAAGGAAACUGCAGAGAUGCUAUUACGCGACGAACAGCUUUCGAAGACUCAGUUCCAUAUUAAGAAAGCUACGGAUACCUUUGUGGAAGCUACCAGAAUUGAAAGAGAUACAGAAGAUUGGAAAUUAUUUGUUGAAUGCGGUAAACUGCCAAAUCCAUAUUUUUGUAAUCAAAUGAAUACAUAUCUUCAUAUUUGGGAAGAAGAUAUUGAUGCCACAAAUAUGCAAGAAGCGUCUACUAGAACUGAAGAUACUCUUAAGCUAAUAAGUGAUCUUGAGGAACUGAUUGCUUCUUAUUCAGAAUCUGGAGAAAACCGUGAAAAGUUAGAAAAUUGGCUGUGGAUCCGUAAACUCUUUAGAGAUUCUCAGCAAACCAGUUUAGACGUAGCAACUUACAGACUUCUUCGAAAUGUUUUUAAGAAUUUAGUUAGGAUAGAUAUUCCAACUGCAGAAUACAACUUUAAGGAUUCUUUUGUUACUCUUUGUGUAUGGCUAAGAGUUCAGUUGCCGAAACCUUUACCAAAUCCAAGAAGACCACCAAAGCCUAGAGUUGAUGUAACAUUUAAAGAAUUGGACAACCUUCAAGUUAUUUUACCCUUAUCACAAGAUCUUGAAAAAAAGGCUCUGAGAGCAAUGUAUGUGAAGUACGACCAUCUAAGUGAUACUUGUGAAAAUUUUUACAGCCCUCCGGUGCCACAUUUUUACGAUUUAGAUUUAAGGGAAACGUGUAAGAAGGAAUGGCGGGCCAAGUUAAAAUAUAAUUAUGAUCACCGAGACAAGAAACCAGUUCCAGUUUUUGAACCUGAUGAUCCUCAAGCAGCGAUGUUUAUUCCGGAACCGGAAGACUUUGAUUCCGAUGAGGAAAUACCAUCGGUACCUUAUAAAAAACUUGAUCCAUCACCAAAAGACUAUGUUCUAAUUGUAGAAGAACAGAAUUAUGCAAACGCUCGGGAAAAUUUCAAACUCAAUAUACCUGCCAAUGUAGUAAAUUUGAGAAGAUCAACUUUAUUGGGAGGUGUAUAUCACUUGAACUUACUUCAUCAACCACCACAACCACAAGAUUAUGUUAUACUAGAUCUAAAUAUCACGAGAUUGUUUGUUCCCAAACAACUAGAACAUGUUGAAUUUUAUGUCAAUUACAUGCCUCCUCAACCAACGGACCCCGAUGUACGUAAACCUCCCGAAGAAAUAGAAGAAGACAUGAAAAAGAACGAAGAAGCUCUAGAUUCUUUGAUAUUCAUUACAUUAACAUGGCCCAAGCAUGUAAUAUUUUUGGAGCUGCCCUUUGUCUGCGUUUGGGACGAUAAAGAAAACUGGUGGUCUACCAGAUGUGUUCAUGAUUUAAAACAUAACGAGGAAAAAGGAACACUAUCGUUUAGAAGCCAAGUUUUUGGAAUUUUUGGUCUAGCUACUGUAAGGUACGCUAAUUUGCCAUAUCAAGCUUGGGAAGUUAAACCAGAAGCUAAUGGUUCUGUCAACAUUACAAUAACAUCAGCAAUACUGAUUCUUGAAUUCAACGUUCAAGAUGGAAAAAUUUGUCUUGUAUGGGUACAGAAUAGUCCAAAUAAUGCGCUUAAACCAUAUAUCGGAAAAUAUAUGAAAUUAUACGCAAUUAAGAAAAUACUCAAAGAAACUGGUGUCGAUAUUUUUCCUGAACAUGAUGCAUUUUGUUAUGUGGAAGGGAGUUGUGAAAAACAUUGGCCAAUGGAGAAAAAUUUGUACUGCAAUAUUGCAGCCCUAAGUGGAUGCUUCAACUUCGCGUGGUCCAGAUGGAAUCUUUCAUUAGGAAGAAGGACAAUAGUUUGUUUAAUGAGAGAAUUUUUGUUUGACAAAUCCAAACAGAAAAAUUAUUCAACUCUGUUAGUGUCGCCUUUAAAAGCCACGAUAAUCAAUUGUACGGAAGUCAGUCAAGAAUUUUCGGAUGAACCUGCAGAAUCGAUUAAGUAUUGUGCCGAUUUGUUCACCCUCAUGAAAGCCAUCAGUGGGAUAGCAGUAAGGAAGAGAGUUGGAGAGUUUUCAAAGUUAAAUGUUCACACAGUAUCAGAAUUUUUGAUCGCUACACGAGUUUUAAGUUUCUCCUAAUAAAUUGUAUAAUAUUAUUAAUAUGUAGAUAACAUCAUUUAUUAAUACAGUAUCAUAUAGAUAUGCGAUUGGGCUAAGUUUUGUGAAUAAA